UUGAUCUACGCUUCUCUUCUUUCUUUCGAAAAUGGCGUCAAAAUAUCCAUUUCUACACUUAAGUGGCACUCCUCUUCAGUGUUCGGAGUCCCCACCUUCAAAUUCACGACUUUUCCGCCAAAAUAUCCAUUUAAUCUCAUGGCUGAGCGCUUCAUCUUCCCAACACUCCUCCUCAUCGUCAUCCUCAAGGUUGCUACCCCAUAAAAGAACCCAAACUUUUCUCUCCCCUAACUGGUUGGACCAAUACCCUAAUUCUAUCCGACCCAUUACAGUUAAAUCUCAGUUGAACUUGCCUCUCAUUUCUCCCAACGACCAGUGGGGAACCUGGACUGUUCUCUUUGCUACAGGUGCCUUCGGCAUAUGGUCAGAGAAGACAAAGGUUGGGAGUGCACUGAGUGGUGCGCUAGUGAGUACUUUGAUCGGACUUGCUGCUAGUAAUUUGGGGUUAAUUUCUUCUGAUGCUAAAGCCUACUCCAUUGUACUGGAAUUUUUGCUCCCAUUGGCUGUUCCAUUGUUGUUGUUUCGAGCAGAUUUGCGACGUGUCAUUAAGUCAACAGGGAAGCUUUUCCUUGCUUUCUUGCUGGGAUCAGUGGCUACAACAGUUGGAACAGCAUUGGCAUAUCUGAUAGUGCCGAUGCGAGCACUUGGUGCAGAUAGUUGGAAGAUAGCUGCUGCUCUAAUGGGUAGGCAUAUUGGUGGAGCUGUUAAUUAUGUUGCCAUUUCAAAUGCCCUCGAUAUUUCACCAUCUGUUUUAGCUGCUGGACUGGCUGCAGACAAUGUUAUCUGUGCAGUAUAUUUUACAACACUAUUUGCUUUGGCAUCAAAAGUACCCCCUGAGACAUCAACAUCACCCGGAGAUGCUUCAACGGAUGAGGGGUCUGUAUCCGAUGGAAAAUUUCCCGUCCUGAAGAUAGCAACAGCUAUUGCGGUAUCCUUUGCCAUCUGCAAAAUCGGUGCUUAUCUUACGAAAUAUUUUGGCAUUCAGGGAGGUAGCCUCCCUGCAGUUACAGCAAUUGUUGUUAUUUUGGCAACUGUAUUUCCUACCAAUUUUUCCUAUCUUGCACCAUCUGGGGAGGCUAUGGCUGUAAUUCUGAUGCAGGUAUUUUUCACUGUGGUGGGUGCAAGUGGAAACAUAUGGAGUGUCAUCAAAACAGCACCCAGUAUUUUCAUGUUUGCUCUGGUUCAGAUUUCCAUUCAUCUGGCUUUGAUUCUGGGACUCGGGAAGCUGUUUGGUUUCGACUUAAAGCUCUUGCUUAUAGCAUCAAAUGCCAACGUCGGAGGUCCUACGACAGCAUGCGGAAUGGCAACCGCCAAGGGGUGGAAUUCUAUGGUUAUUCCAGGUAUUCUUGCUGGCAUUUUUGGAAUUGCCAUUGCUACUUUUCUUGGCUAUGCCUUUGGAGUAAAAGUUCUGCAAUACAUGUAAAGACUUUUAAUUCACUGAUGCCAGAAUUGGUGUCGGUUGUGUAACCUUUGUGAACUUGAAAUAAAUUCAGUUGCAAACUG